AUGUCCAACGACUUUGUCUUUGAGGGCCCAACUUCAUCACCUUUACGAGUUAUCAACAUUGGUCAGUUGCUCGAUGAGUCGUGCAGAGAGAACCCCGAGAAAGUUGCGUUGGUGUCCCGAUGGCAGGGAGAUCGGUUAACGUACCAGGAGCUUAAUGACUCCUGUCGGGUGAUAGCUCGUCGCUUACUUGACAUGGGUGUGCGCCCAAAAGACCACAUCGUAGUCCUAGCUGGAAAUUCUAUCGAGUAUGUGCAGCUGUUUCUUGCGACCGGCGCUAUAGGUGCCAUAUUCAGUAUCAUCAAUCCUACCUUCACAGUUGAAGAGGUUGUUCGCGCCGUCGAGUUCCUAGAACCGAAAGCGAUUUUCAUCGCAGAUAGAAUCGGUUAUCGCAAGAAUAAACCCCUCCUAUCUAUGCUGAGUCAGCUCCAGACAUGCACAUCAUUCAUCGUGGAGCUCUCCAGAGAAGGGGAAAUUAGCGGGAAGAGAUCGGCGUGGAGAGAGUUUCUCCAGAGCGACGCGGAGGCUGACGCCAAUCUCCUAUACCGGUAUUGGGCAAAAGCAGAUCAGAACGAUACGUUCUGUAUACAAUUUACGAGUGGGACGACAGGGCCCCGAAAAGCGGCAAUGUUAUCACACCGCAACCUCAUUAAUAACGCUCUGGGUGUGGGACAUCGGCUUGGCUACACGAACCGUGAUGUCGUAUGUUGUUGCGCUCCCUUAUUCCACUGCUUCGCUUUGGUAUGUGGCGUUAUGUCGACUAUUGCCUUUGGGGGAACAGUUGUGCUCCCGUCGGAUAUCUUUCUCGCAAGUGCUAGCCUCGAGGCAAUUUCGGAGGAUCGGUGUACCGUGAUCAAUGCCGUGCCCACCAUGUUUCAAGGCAUACUUGAUCAUCCGGAUUUGAAAAAGCAUGCUCUAAAGGCGUGUCUUAGAACCGGCAUCGUGGCUGGCUCUAGCUUACCGAACCUAUUGGUCCCGCGACUCGAAGCGGAGCUUGGGCUUAGAGGUCUUGCUUACGCCUAUGGCAUGACAGAGCUGUCUUGUAUAGUUUUCUCGACCAACCCCUCUGAAGUAUCUCUCUUAGAUAAUCAAAUUAGUGUUGGCACAGUUGUUCCUCAUGGCGCGGCGAAAAUAGUCGGCAGCGACCUAAAAAGCCUCCCGCCAGGAUUUAAAGGAGAACUGCUGGUAUCCGGAUACCUUACUUUCCAGGGAUACUAUAAGAAUCCAGAGAAAACAAAUGAGACAAUGGUAAAAGACGCCAAAGGACGGCUAUGGGUGAGAACUGGUGAUACAGCCGCCAUUGACGUCAGCGGCCGCUGCACUAUCAUGGGACGCGUGAAAGACAUGAUAAAAAGAGGGGGAGAAAACAUAUUCCCGCGAGAUAUCGAAGAAGUGCUAGAGCAGCAUCCUGGUAUAGUCGCGGCGGCCGUCGUAGGCAUUCCGGACGCGUACUGGGGUGAGAUUAUCGGCGCCUUCAUUCAACCUGCUAGCGGGUAUGAGACAAAACCAUUGACCGGUCGAAGGAACCUCAAGCCGUGGCUGAGGAACCGGAUAGCCCCUCAUAAAUUUCCCGAGCACUUCUUCUGGUUAGGGGACGGCGAGGGCAUCCCCGAUGAACUGCCAUUCAACUUCAGCGGGAAAAUCAUGAAGGAGAAACUGCGAACUAUUGCGUGCGAUUUACUUCAAGUGAAGACAAGCAGCUGAGUGGUAUUUGUGCGAUUUCCGGAUGUUCGAAUUGAAAGUUAG